AUGAGUGGUUACGGGUUUUACCAGAGAGCUUCGAGGGCUUACAGCGCAAACCCUAAUCUCUUCAAGUUGUUGAUUGUUUCUACUGUCAGUGGUGGAGGGAUACUGGCAUUCUCUGAGAACAGCCCGAUAAGAGCUGCAUAUGCUGAUGUGCGCCAGCCCGAUAUCAAGAAGAAAGUGGUGGUGUUGGGUACUGGUUGGGCUGGCACGAGCUUUGUCAAGAGCUUGAAAGAUCCUGCAUAUGAUGUUAAAAUUGUGUCCCCAAGAAACUACUUUGCUUUCACGCCUCUUUUGCCGAGCGUCACUAAUGGCACGGUUGAGGCACGAAGCAUUGUCGAGCCAAUUCGUACCAUUGUCAGAAAGAAAAAGUUUGAUGUUCAGUUACAAGAGGCUGAGGCCUACAAAAUCGAUACUGAAAACAAGAAGGUAUACUGCCGAUCAACCCAGCAGAACAACUUAGGCGGGGUUGAUGAAUUCACAGUGGAUUAUGAUUAUCUAGUGAUAGCAAUGGGUGCUCGUUCAAACACAUUUAACACCCCUGGUGUUGAGGAGAAUGCACACUUUCUCAAGGAAAUAGAGGAUGCACAGAGAAUCAGGAAAACGGUGAUUGACUGUUUUGAGAGGGCAAGCCUCCCGAGCGUGAGUGAGGAGGAGAAGAAGAGGAUUCUGCAUUUUGUUGUGGUGGGAGGUGGGCCCACUGGGGUUGAGUUUUCGGCUGAGCUUCACGAUUUUGUGAAAGAGGAUUUAGCCAAACUCUACCCUAAGCUCAUGAACUUCGUUCAAAUUACACUUCUUGAAGCUGGUGAUCAUAUUUUGAACAUGUUCGACAAGAGGAUUACUACUUUUGCAAUGGAUAAGUUUGGUAGGGAUGGUAUACAAGUGAAAGUUGGUUCCAUGGUUACAAAAGUAGGCGAAAAGGAGAUAUCUACUAAAGAAAGAGCCUCGGGCCAAAUGGUGUCUAUACCUUAUGGGAUGGUCGUCUGGUCGACUGGGAUUGGUACUCGUCCAGUUGUGAUGGAUUUCAUGAAGCAGAUUGGACAGACAAACAGACGAGUAUUAGCAACUGAUGAGUGGCUGCGUGUCGAAGGAUGCGAUAAUAUCUAUGCUCUUGGGGACUGUGCUACAAUAAAUCAACGCAAAGUCAUGGAGGACAUAUCUGCAAUUUUCAGCAAGGCAGACAAGAAGAAUACGGGCCACCUAAAGGCUGAUGAUUUUAAGGAAGUGAUCAAGGAUAUUUCUGAUAGGUAUCCCCAAGUGGAAAUCCAUCUGAAAAAGAAGCAGCUCAAAAAUUUCCUUCAGUUGCUCAAGAAAGCGGAUGGGGAUGAUGAAAUCGAUAUCGAGAAGUUCAAGUUAGCACUUUCUGAGGUGGAUUUACAAUUGAAGAAUCUUCCUGCAACUGCACAGGUAGCUGCCCAACAAGGUUCGUACUUGGCUGAUUGUUUCAACCGAAUGGAGCUCUGUGAGAAGUAUCCGGAAGGUCCAUUAAGGUUUCGGGGGACAGGAAGGCAUCGUUUCCGACCAUUCAGGUACAAACAUUUUGGGCAAUUUGCUCCUUUGGGAGGAGAACAAACUGCAGCUCAGCUUCCUGGAGACUGGGUUUCCAUUGGUCAUAGCACCCAGUGGCUCUGGUACUCUGUCUAUGCCAGCAAGCUGGUCAGUUGGCGCACAAGAUUUCUGGUGAUCUCGGAUUGGGGCAGGCGCUUCAUAUUCGGGAGAGACUCGAGUAAAAUCUGA